ACAACAUCGGUGUUGAUAAACAUUCCGUCCGGUUUGACAGCAGUUUGUCCUAUAUUGAAACUUUCGCGUGUGUUUUGAAGAAGGAAUAAGGGAAAUAUAAAAAUCUCUAUCAGCUGAUCAUAACAGAUAUACGCCUUAUUCCGUGGAUAUGAGACAGAACAGUGGGGCUGGUGUUGUGUUACGUAUUCGUUGCCAUGUGCCAUAGUUUAUCUUUGGCGCACUUGAAGUACCAUCGAGCUAUAGUAUCGCACCACUGCUAAACGCAAAAUCAUUAAACAUAAGCUUAAAAAGUGUAUGAAAUUGAUGCAAAAAAUGCGCAAUCAUUGCGGAUAAAUCAGUGCCAGCAUCAUCAUCGAACAGUGUUGCUUUGACAGGGUGUUUUCUCACAACUUUCCACCUCCCCUUUUUUCAUGCGCAAUUCCCAUUUGUCAGUGUUGUGUUUGUGUUUGUGAGCCGUGUGCGUAAAAAUGAGCUUUGUAAGCGAAAUCCACAAUAGCCAGAUAUACACGUGUAUCUAGUCGUCAUUCGUUGUUUCCGAUAUGAAUGCGCUUAGUGUUGGGCGGUAAUUUAUGAACUUGGACGUGUGUGCGCUCACAUGCAUGCAUGUUUAGUCAGCUGUUUAUCAUAUGGUUUGUUUGGGUCGAGUGUACAAUUAACAAUCCCAACAAAGAAGAUACCGCACUAUGCACCAGAAGCAGUGGAGGGUUUCGCAGGUUCAGCUAGCAAGUGAUUAAGUAAAUCAUACAAUAUGGCCAAAAGUGGAAAUCAAGUUCCUCUGGCAAACGGCAGCACAACAAUACACCGCUAUGGUGCCACGACGGACACAAGAACGGUAGUACCGGCAGUAAAUGGAACAGAACCACACUCCGAUCCCGAAACGAACCCAACAACGUUUCCCAACACAACCGUCGACAUGGAACGUGCCCAGUUGGACAAGCGCUCCACACUGCGGAUGUGCGAAAAAAUUGGGUACGGUUUGGGGCACGUAUACAAUGAUCUUUGUGCCGGCAUUUGGUUCAGCUAUACGCUCCUGUUUAUGCAGGGUGCGUUAGGAAUGCCGGCUGCCGAGGCCGGUGCGAUGGUGAUGUUGGGACAGGUCGGAGAUGCUAUUGCGACACCGAUCGUGGGUCUCCUGACGGAUCGAUAUGGAACAAAGCGACAGUGGCAUAUAGCAGGCACCUUUAUAGUAUUCCUUACAUUCCCGAUGAUAUUUUCGCUGUGUCCCUGGUGUUCGGUGGCGCCUCACUGGUGGGAAAUUCUGUACUUCGUAAUCGUGAUACUUGCUUUCCAGUUCGGAUGGCCGAUCGUACAGGUGACGCACCUUGCCAUGAUACCGGAGCUGUCACGCACGCAGAAAGAUCGAUCAGAUUUAACCGCCAUCCGAUACUCGGUGUCUAUCGUGUCCAACGUGGUGGUGUACAUAGUCACGUGGGCAGUAUUGCGGAGUCGUACAAGCACCGACAAUCAGAUUGGACCUGGCGAUGCGUACCGAUUUCGGGAUAUCUCUCUGAUUCUUACACUCGUUGGCGUGUCCAUGUCGGUUUUAUUCAACUUUUCGCUCACAUUCAGCGGGUACGAGCAUCGACGAAAUACAGCACUGCAGCACAACAUCAUUCGCCCAUCAGGUCCACGAGCGGAAACGGAUAUUGAGCGAGAAUCAUUACUGGGGCAUGAGCAAAGAGAAGCCAAUGGUUCUCAACAUUUGGCAGGAUCUUCCAACGCGCUGGACACGAUCGUUCAUCGUAAACCAAAGAAAAAUUUCUUCAAGUCACCUCUACUGUACCAGAAUGCCUUACUGUACGUCUUCUCGAGACUUUUUAUGACAACCUCACUCGUGUACAUGCCCCUAUGGUUGGACGAGCGUGCCUAUCAACCGAAUGUAACACCGGCAGAAAACAAUGCCAACGUAGAACAUCUAGCAACAGUUCCACUUGUGUCCUUUCUCGCCUCCUUCGUAGCGUCGUUGCUGCUAAAGUACACCAACCGCUUUUUCGGCAAUAGUUGGGUGUACUUUAUAGGAUCCAUUAUAAGUACAAGUGUGUGCCUGUGGAUAGCCCUCACGCCCGGAUCGGGAUCGUUCAGCACAGUGUCCUUAUUUUUGAUCGCCUCCCUAUUUGGAGCUGGUAGCUCAAUCACGAUGAUUAGCAGCCUGUGCAUCACGGCCGACAUGAUCGGAAAGCAUGCCGAUCAGGGUGGAUUUAUCUACUCGGCUGUUACGUUUGCAGACAAACUAAUCACUGGUGUGGUGGUAGUGAUCAUCGAGUCGGUGAAAUGUCACGACCGUUCCGAAUGUCCAGAGUAUUAUAGAGGAGUGCUAUCGUACGGGUGCGGGUUGGCAGCUGUACUGGGAUGCUUAACGUUGGCUACCUUACUUUGUACUACCGCAUCCACUCGUCGGCGGAAUCGGUAGUGUACGAUACAGCAUUAAUUUAAUUCUGUGUGGUAUGUUCUCAGUUAUGUUCUAUUCAAUUGCUUUGAAUUCUUUUACUAAUGUUUUAUUAUUUUAUGAAAAUUAUUGUAUUUUAAAUA